AAAUGGAAUGAAACAAGCAGAAGGAACUCGGAAAGUCCAUGUACACCUGAUGUAAACUCCAUGAAUAUGGAUAACUAGCUUUAGGCACGCUGGGACAUAAAUCCAUCACCAUCCCCAUUCAUAAAUAGACGCAAGAAGUCUUGACAUCCAGCAGCGAUUACUCUUCAACACCACUACACCACCCUUGUCUCAUAUUCAAGAUGGGUUGGAAAUCAAUGUUAUCGACCCCUGUGCAUCCCGGUGCACACCGGCUCAAAUUGGGAUCUCAGAUAGCCAAGUUAUUGGAUCAUGCUAAGAUUCCCUACGUGGCCUGCGGAGAUUUAAUGAACGUGCAUUACCAGGAAGUGGAUAGGGCUACUUUUCUUGAUAUUUGCUUCGUGGUUCCAGACGAUCGCCUGGAUGCCGCUAUACGAGCGUUGCGAGUUGCUGGUUUAUCCGAGGAUCCUUGUACUGCUGGUUGCUGCUGGGCAGAAAACCCAACUGGUUUUUCCCCUUUUCCGUUCCCGUGGCCUGCCAAACACUUCCAUCGCUAUUUGAACUUCUAUUUGUGCAACCCUGUCGGUCUGCUCCGGAAGUCCCAGUGGCUCUGGCUCAUGCCCGAUCUUCCCCUUGAAUUUCCCGAGCCCAAUGACCCUAAUUUCAUUCUCUCUACAGACCGCCGUCUUCCUGAUUGGGAUAAGGAUGGUUUCGGCAACUCCUCUUAUCCAAUAAAGCUGCUCACUCCGGCGCGAUGGAUAGAGUCAUUGUUUAGCCUGCAUAUCAGAGAUUUGAGUGUAGUUCAAAGAUUUGACGAACGCUGGUACCAUCAUGUUGUGAAGUUUCAUGCACGACUUGCAAGACUACUUCCUCCGGAACUUUUUCAUAUUGACCUCAUCCAAGCACCUUUUCGCACCUUAUAUAGAGAGGAAGCGGACAGGCGUAACACAUUGAACUACAAGCACUUGUUGAUGGACAGGUUGUGGGGAGAAUGGCAGGAAGCUGGUUCUAUGCCAGACCCCAUUUACCCGUUCAAUAUCGAAAGGUAUAAGAAGGAUGUCAAGGAGAACAGAAAUGUGUGGUUAUAUGAAGAAUGGAUUGAUGAGAUCAUGUCCAGUUAAAUUCCAGAGUCGAUCUUUCACUUACCCACGAU